CUCCACUCUCCACUCCAGUUUACACAUCUCGGCGAGCAGGCAGCACACGUACUUCUCUGUACUUUUUUUUGUAGACCCGCACUACAGCUGCGUAGAAACUCUGACAGUUUGGUGCUGUAGCCAGUGUACAUGGUGUAGGCCAGGGACUACUGGCAGUACUGCGAGGCAACCGCUGCGUCGGCUCUACCGUCCUGCAGAACUCCAUUUCCUCUCCUUUCUCACAGAACAAGUUUCUGUCUGGGUUGGUCGACGGGAAACGUUCCUGGCCCUCAACCAUGAGUAUCGAAAAAGAUAACCUGCAGUUGAUACGUGAGGCGGUUGCUUCACUUGCAGCCAAGGAUCGAGAGAAGGAGAACGCCAAGCUGAAAGAAGCCGAGCGCCGGGCCAAAGAAGAAGAAGAGGCAGCGGCCAGACGGGAGGCGCAGCUAAACGAAGUCAUAACCCGAGUGCUGAAGGCCACAAACCCUCGAUUACCGUCCAACGUAACACGGUACAACUACAAGGAGGGCGCUUACAAGUCUAUCGGUAUUACGGAGCACAUGGUCGUCCACUGGGAGAUGCCCAGCUAUCUCAUUCGGGCGGAUUCAGAAGAGGCUGAAAGACAACGCUCGCGCGCUAUAGAUUACGAGAGAAGCGGCUCGCUCACCACCACCACAUCCCGACGUUUCUCGCAUUCGCUAGACCCGGACGAGCAGAGUGACGGGGAAGAGGACGACGACAACGACGAUGAGGAUGAUGACGGGGAGGAAUCCUCGACCAGGAGAGCAAAGAAGGAGAAGAAUGCAGACGCAUCCAGAGAGGGCGGCGGUGCUGCCGCAACUGCCGAUACUGGCGGAGACUCGAAGCUAUUGAUCCAGUUCAACUACAUCGAUCGUGAAACUCAAACCUUGGAUACAUCGUUUACAUCGACACGCGAGACGAUGACCGUUCCGCCAAAGCGCGCCGGCUAUUCAGACAGUGUCACUCAGUGGGAGAUCUACGACAGGUGCAUCGAGGAACAAGCGCGCUUGGAAGCGGAGAAGAAGCGGAAAGCGGCUGCCAGUGCGCGCCAGCCGGCAGGCGGAGCGCAGGCGCAGGCGGCGGCGGAACCUGAGCCACUACCGGACGAGCCAGACGAGCUUGAGAUCACCAUCAAGCUGGAGAACCUGGAGCCCAGCAGUGGUUCAGGAGGCAAGAAGAAGAAGACAGGUGGCAUAGGGGGUAAGGGUGGUGAUGAUGAUGGUGACGCCGAGGAGCCUGUGAAGGAGCACGAUUGCUCGGCCAUCAGCAAGGUGGCCAAGGUCAUGGAGCGCAUGGUCACGCAGAACGGCGUGCGCGAUCGCAUUCACGACAUGGUGUACUUUGACGAUCCGCGCGACGGCACGGCAGGCUACAAGAAGGCCGGCACGCUGCUACACCUGUGGAGCGUGAAGGGUAACUACGGGUUCGGUAUAGCGGUGAAGUCGUUGUGCCUAUGCCCUCGCUACUCGGACAUGUUCGUCGCCACCUACUGCAGCGUGGACCUGAUUGACAAGGUGGGCGAGGGGUCGGUGUGCCUGCACACGCUGAAGAACCCGGCGUUCCCCGACCACGUGAUGGACAUGGCGAGCGGCGUGAUGAGCGUGGACGUGCACCCAAAGCAGUGUCACAUGCUGUGCAUCGGAAUGCUGGACGGACGCGUGGCCGUCCUGGACGCCCGUCGGCCCAGCGCCAACGCCAUACUGUGCGAGAGCCCUGUGCUGGAGCGGCACACGGACAUGGUGUGGCAGGUGCGAUGGCAGAAGGACGACCCGCAGCGCCGUCUCAACUUCUUCAGCGUGUCGUCCGACGGCUUCAUCGCGCAGUGGACGGUCACGAAGGACGCGCUCGCACGGCGCAACAUCACCCCCAUCAUGCAGCUGAAGGACAAGGCGAAAAUCCCCAUCAUCCCCGAGCCGUGGAUGGAGCCGGAGAAGCAGUUGAACUUGGCGCGUGGAAGCUGCUUUGAUUUCAUCCCCACCCUGGACAACGUGUACCUGAUAGGAACCGAGGAGGGAAUCAUACACAAGUGCUCCACGCUUUACCAGCAGAACUACAUCCGCUCAUUCCAAGCGCACAACUUCACCAUCUACGCGGUGCGUUGGAACCCAUUCCAGCCGCGUGUGUUUGCGACGUGUGGAGUGGACUGUUGCGUGAAGAUCUGGGAUGAUGAGCGGCCAGAGACGCCGCUGUUUGUAUUCGACCUGGACGACCCCGUGAUUGACUUCUGCUGGGCACCGUACUCGUCAACCGUGUUCGUCGCCGGCACAAUGAACGGAUAUGCCCAUGUGUACGACUUGGACAUUGACAAGUACAACCCGCUGUGCAAGCAGGACGUCAUACCGUACAGCAAGAAUCGCCUCACCAAGGUGCACUUCGUCCCCUCGCAGAUGCUUCUCAUUGCCGGCGACGAUCAUGGCAACAUACACACGUACAAACUCUCGCCCAACCUGCGCAGGGGCGUGCGCAGGACGUCACGCCAAAGCCAGUUGCGCAAGAUGAACGAAGUCAUCGCCUGGGUGUGGGAGCCAGCCGAUAUGGCCAGCGGUAACAAGAAGAAGAACAAGAAGGGUGGCAGAGGUGGCAAAGGUAAGGGUAAGAAGAAGGCGAAACACUAGGAGCAGCUGCUGAUGUAGCCACACUGGCAUGUCGCAUGUAUCCGUCCUACUGCAUAGUGCACACAAGGUGUUCAAGCAGCCACGCUUGCUAGUCGGAUGCGUCGUCCUCCAGGAAAGUGCAACUGUGAGUAAGGAGUUGUUGUAUACGUGUAUAGUAUUUACCAGCUUUGCACACUACACUCCGUUUCCCAUUAGACAGCAUAGCAUUUGUCGAAUUUUCAUCACUGCUGCUGUACACUGAAACUUUGUCUCAUAAAUCGAAAGUUCGUCACAUGAUUCACAACCAGUAGUAGUAGGAUACGCAUGUUUGUUGUGGUGCAUGUCACGGUAAAUUUCAGUUGCAAUUUUGUGGAUUUGUGCCGUCACACUGUAGUGACUCGAAAGCUCUGCU